AAUCAUAAAAAGAGUCGGUUCAGGAGCACGACUCGCUUGUGAAUCGGACAGUAAACCCCUGCAAACUAAGCUGUUGUUUCUGCUUCUGGGCUGUAAACCCCAUUGUUCAUUCAGUGGCUACCCCGCAGAAAAGCACGCCGAAAUGGCAGACAAAGAAGUGUACGACGAUGCAGUGGAGGAGAGAGUCAUAAAUGAGGAAUACAAGAUCUGGAAGAAAAACACACCAUUCCUGUACGAUCUAGUCAUGACACAUGCCCUCGAGUGGCCGAGUCUGACAGUGCAGUGGCUUCCUGAUGUGAACAGGCCUGAGGGAAAGGACUACGUGGUUCAUCGGCUGGCGCUGGGCACACACACUUCAGAUGAGCAGAACCACUUGGUUAUCGCCAGUGUUCAGAUCCCUAAUGAUGACGCUCAGUUUGACGCGUCCCACUACGACAGCGAGAAAGGAGCAGAGUUUGGAGGGUUUGGAUCGGUGAGCGGAAAGAUUGAGAUUGAAAUUAAGAUCAACCAUGAAGGAGAAGUGAACAGAGCCAGAUACAUGCCACAAAACCCCUGCAUCAUCGCCACCAAGACCCCCACGUCUGACGUGCUGGUGUUCGACUACACCAAACACCCAUCCAAGCCAGACCCCAGUGGAGAGUGUAGUCCAGACCUGAGACUGCGGGGGCAUCAGAAGGAGGGAUACGGUUUGUCCUGGAACCCCAACCUGAGUGGAAACUUGCUCAGUGCAUCAGACGACCAUACGAUCUGUCUGUGGGACAUCAGUGCUGUUCCAAAGGAGGGGAAGAUAGUAGAUGCCAAGACCAUCUUCACAGGGCACACAGCUGUGGUGGAGGACGUGUCCUGGCACCUUCUACAUGAAUCGCUGUUCGGAUCUGUGGCUGAUGACCAGAAACUCAUGAUUUGGGACACACGAUCCAAUAACACAGCAAAGCCCAGUCAUUCUGUGGACGCCCACACGGCUGAAGUCAACUGCCUGUCCUUCAACCCCUACAGCGAGUUCAUUCUGGCCACUGGCUCCGCAGACAAGACGGUUGCAUUGUGGGAUCUGCGUAACCUGAAGCUAAAGCUUCACUCUUUUGAGUCACACAAGGAUGAAAUCUUCCAGGUCCAGUGGUCUCCCCAUAACGAGACCAUCCUGGCCUCCAGUGGCACAGACAGACGCCUCAAUGUUUGGGAUCUGAGUAAAAUCGGAGAAGAGCAGUCUGCGGAGGACGCAGAGGACGGGCCACCUGAGCUGCUGUUCAUUCAUGGUGGGCACACAGCUAAGAUCUCUGAUUUCUCCUGGAACCCAAAUGAACCUUGGGUAAUCUGUUCUGUGUCAGAAGACAACAUUAUGCAAGUAUGGCAGAUGGCUGAGAACAUCUACAAUGAUGAAGAGCCAGACACCCCUGCGUCAGAGCUGGAGGGGCCGGCGUCGUAACUGAUCUUAUUAAAGAUCUACAACCCUUUCAUGGCUUCUUACUUCUCAGCUUUUUGCUUUUGCAGUAUUAUUCAGUAAAAUCUAUCCUCUUACUUCCUGCUCCACACAUACCAGAUACUUUAUCCAUCACAGGGUCCUUCUGUAGACUCUUUUCUAAAAGGUUCACCCCUCAUCCAUUGCGGUAGAGAAGUUUGGCCUCAGAUGGUUUGGAGAAAGACUGCACCACUUAUUCAAUCACUUCUGAGAAGUUACGGCCUGGUGUGGCUUAUCACAGUUUUAGUUUUUGUGCAUAAACCUGGUGUCAAUUUGCAAUAAAUCUUUUGUAAUAACUUUUUAAAUGAUUUUGUAUUCCUAAAUUGUUGAUAACGGUCUGUACUUCAGUUGUUGAAAAUAAAGUACAGAUCAACUGUUA